AUGUCAUCUACAGCAGCCCCUCCAGAUGCACCAAUUCAAGUGCUCUUAGACGACGUGCUCGAGAUUCCAGAUGAGCAAUUCGCCGCGAUGUCUCCUGUUGCCGAGCUCAUUGUCGGCGAGCUUCUUGCGUUCGAAUUUACCCGGCCUGACCUGACCGCAACCCUCGCCGUAUCCGAGUUCGAGCCGACAUUCCAUGAGCAUCAGAUUCGCCCCGAUAGCAACGCCCGUGUAUUAUUCAACAAAGCUCACAAUCUUCGAGAAUUGUACGCCUCCGGCUAUCGAUCCAUCGAGGUUCGAUCCCCUUGCACGUCGAUAGUGGAACACAUGCCAAUCGGUUCCGAAGCAUUCUGGCAACAUCUGGACUCUGUCGAGCAGCUGAAGUCAACCAUCUUGGAUAACGUUGAUUGGCUAAGCAAUGUUGAGGUCAAUGACAAACGCGACGCCGCGUACAUCAAGCUGGCAAGCGCCUUGCUUGUUGCAUUUCGAACCCCUUCACUGCAAUCGAGAAAAGUUGCUCAUCACGUCGGCGUCUGCAUGCACCACAGUGCGCUAUAUUUACACAAAGCCGUCACCAGCAAUGCCUCACUGCAGUGUUGAGAGCACCGAAUCCCUCGGACUCGUCUCCAACAUUGUGAUUCAGGAGCUCUUUCCUACGCAAGCCAGUUCCGGAGUCUUCACCAAUCGCAACAGCCGCGGCCAAGCUCGAAUCUUCUUCUUGAAUGGUCACCGGGCCGUCAGCUGCCUUGACACUUACAACUCGAGCAUGCAGACCGUUGAGCCCCCAGCUGGUUUUGGCUUCGACGGCCACACUUGGCGAGUCCUGGACCCACAGGCACAAGCGCGAUAUUACCAGCUGCAAAGCUUCAAAGGGGUCCUUGUAGCGUCGUUGGCCCCGAUUCGAAAGGAACUUGCGCAUGCUGGCGAGGAGAGGGGUAUUAAUGCAGACGGAGGGAGCGGAGCCGAUAAGCGGUCGGGAUCUUCGCAGGGUCCAAGCGGCCGGCUGUCAAAGCGGACGCGACGUUAG